AAUUCCGCUUUCGUCAUUUCCGCCAACACAAGUGCUGGAUUUCGGACUUUGUAGUUCAUGUCAACUUCUCUUUUUGUCGCCAUUUUGGUAAGAAGACAGUGUGCCUGAAUCGACCACUUUGACUCUGGUAUUAUGAUAUGGUAUUUGAAAUAAGUUAAAAGGAUAACGUGUCAAGCCAGUUGAGCGUCAAGUUUUUAUGUAUUUCACUAUCCGCAUUCUUCCUACUGUCGGUCGUCGGGAAAAGGAAGUGACGUACGUCCGGUGUAAUGGCGGCGCGGUGGAGCUCUAGGUGAUAUUUGCAGACAGAAAAAGUACACUGUCAAGGAAUUCAGAGCAUUGAGUACUUGUUAUUUGGACCAGUUGGAGGAGUCUUUGAUUUAUUGGACCAACCAGCAACAGAAAUGAAAAGUAGUGUGGCACAGAUAAAACCUUCUGGUCAUGACAGAAGGGAAAACCUUAAUUCGUAUCAGAGGAACUCCUCCCCAGAAGACAGAUAUGCAGAACAAGAAAGAUCCCCCCGGGAUAGAGAUCACUUUGAUUACAGCAGAUCAGACCAUGAGCAUUCAAGAAGAGGACAUUCUUAUGAUAGUAGCACGGAGUCACGAAGCAGGGACCGAGAAAAACGCAGAGAAAGAGAAAGAGAUCCGGAUCGGAAAAGGUCCCGGAAAUCCCCAUCUCCUGGGAGGAGAAACCCAGAAACAUCAAUAACUCAGAGUUCCUCUGCUCAGGAUGAACCUGCUACAAAGAAAAAGAAAGAUGAGCUGGAUCCUCUUCUUACUCGCACUGGUGGAGCAUAUAUUCCUCCUGCAAAGCUCAGGAUGAUGCAAGAACAAAUUACAGAUAAAAACAGCUUAGCAUAUCAGAGGAUGAGUUGGGAGGCCCUAAAGAAGUCAAUUAAUGGCCUUAUCAACAAAGUCAACAUUUCCAACAUAAGUAUUAUAAUUCAAGAGCUUCUUCAAGAAAAUAUAGUUAGAGGAAGAGGACUGCUGUCCAGGUCUGUUUUGCAAGCACAGAGUGCGUCUCCAAUCUUCACCCAUGUUUAUGCAGCAUUAGUGGCAAUUAUUAACUCAAAAUUUCCACAAAUUGGAGAAUUGAUCCUCAAGAGGUUAAUUCUUAAUUUUCGAAAAGGCUACCGAAGAAAUGAUAAGCAACUUUGUCUGACUGCUUCAAAAUUUGUGGCACAUCUUAUUAACCAAAAUGUGGCACAUGAAGUUUUGUGCUUAGAGAUGCUCACUUUGCUCCUGGAAAGACCAACAGAUGAUAGUGUUGAAGUAGCUAUUGGCUUUCUCAAGGAAUGUGGCCUCAAAUUAACACAAGUGUCACCAAGAGGAAUCAAUGCUAUAUUUGAACGCCUUCGAAACAUUCUGCAUGAGUCUGAAAUUGACAAAAGAGUUCAAUAUAUGAUUGAAGUGAUGUUUGCUGUACGGAAAGAUGGAUUCAAGGACCACCCCAUUAUCCUAGAAGGUCUUGAUUUGGUGGAAGAAGAUGAUCAGUUCACCCACAUGCUGCCUUUGGAGGAUGACUAUAAUCCGGAAGAUGUUCUUAAUGUUUUCAAGAUGGAUCCUAAUUUUAUGGAGAAUGAAGAGAAGUACAAAGCUAUUAAGAAAGAAAUUCUUGACGAGGGAGACAGUGACUCAAAUACAGACCAAGAUGCUGGGAGUAGUGAAGAGGAAGAGGAAGAAGAAGAGGAAGAGGGAGAAGAAGAUGAAGAAGGACAAAAAGUGACUAUUCAUGACAAAACAGAAAUUAACCUGGUCUCAUUUCGUCGUACAAUUUAUCUUGCUAUUCAGUCAAGUUUAGAUUUUGAAGAAUGUGCUCACAAAUUGCUGAAAAUGGAGUUUCCCGAAAGCCAAACAAAAGAACUCUGUAACAUGAUACUUGAUUGCUGUGCCCAGCAGAGGACGUAUGAAAAAUUUUUUGGCUUAUUAGCUGGGCGAUUUUGCAUGCUAAAAAAAGAGUACAUGGAAUCCUUUGAGAGUAUAUUCAAAGAACAGUAUGACACCAUCCAUCGCUUGGAAACAAACAAAUUGAGAAAUGUUGCUAAGAUGUUUGCUCACCUUUUAUACACUGAUUCACUUCCAUGGAGUAAAGUUUUUCCUGACUCCACUGAGUUGUUUCAGUGUGGUGCUGAAAACCAAAUGUCCAAAACCACCUUGUACUCAAUCUGUUUUCUUUUGUUUAUUUUUGUUUUUAGAACCCUACAGCCGUUCUUUGAAGGUUUAUUACCCCGAGAUAAUCCAAGAAACACUCGAUUUGCCAUCAACUUCUUUACUUCUAUAGGUCUUGGAGGUUUAACGGAUGAACUACGUGAGCAUCUCAAAAAUACACCAAAGGUCAUUGUGGCACAGAAACCAGAUGUUGAGCAAAAUAAAUCCUCCCCAUCCUCUUCCUCUUCAGCGUCCUCCUCUUCAGAGUCUGACUCCUCUGACUCCGAUUCUGACAGCAGUGGUAGCAGUUCAGAAUCUUCCAGUGAAGAGAGCGAUUCUUCGUCUACCGGUAGUCAUAGCUCUGCCUCAGCUAAUGAUGUAAGAAAGAAGGGACAUGGGAAGACCAGAAGUAAAGAAAUAGAUAAAUUGAUCAGAAACCAGCAAACAAAUGAUAGGAAACACAAAGAAAGAAGACAAGAACAAAGGCACCAGGAAACAAGGACUGAGAGAGAAAGAAGACCAGAAAAACACAGAGAUCAAAAUUCAAGAGAUUCAAAUUGGAGAGAUCCUAUAACAAAGUACACAUCAGACAAAGGUGUUCCUUCUGAACGAAAUAACUACAAUAGAGUUGUGAAUGACAUAAACCAAGAAAUGCAUAUAGAUUUGGAAAAUAAGCAUGGUGAUCCCAAAAAGAAGAGAGGAGACAGAAGAAAUUCUUUUUCUGAAAAUGAGAAGCAUAGACACCGAAAUAAGGAUAAUGAAAAUUUUAGAAGAAAAGAUAGAUCAAAGUCAAGGGAAACAAAUAGAAAACACUCUGGCUCAAGAAGUGAUGAAGACAGAUAUCAGAAUGGUGCCGAGAGACGUUGGGAAAAAUCUAGCAGAUACUCUGAACAAUCCAGAGAAUCAAAGAAAAAUCAGGACCGGCGGAGAGAAAAGUCUCCAACAAAACAAAAAUAAUUCUACAAAAUGACAUAAACUGGACAUGCCUUAUAUUCAGUUGAAGCAUAUUAUUUUAUACUUUCAUUGGCGAACUUUAUAGAGAAUUCUUGUAUAAAGUAAUGGUUUGUAUUUGUAAAUUUAAAACAUGUUUUCAUGUUUUAUAAUUGAUACAUCUCAAGGCCCUACACAUAAAAUUAUUUGAGAAGAUUCACCAGAAAUGGAUGUAAGUCUCACUUAUAUUUUAUGAAUAAAAUUAUCAAAUUGCUCAUUGAUUCAGUCAUUUUCUUUAAUUGACAAAAUUUUUUUUUGAAUCAAGAAGCUGUUACAGUGAAUUAUUAGGGCUUUUCUUAUUUCUAACUGAAGACCGAAACAGGUGAACCUUUUCAAUUUAACAUUUUUGCUUUGUUAAUGAGAUGUGAUGAACCUUUUUUAAGUGGUCACUUCUUUUUUAAAGCAGAGGAUUUAUUACAAUGUUCAUAUUAGGCUUUGAACAAAGUAAGUAAUGUGUAAUUUGUUCACAAGUGCUGGUAAAGCGAGGUGUGUGUUAGUCUUUAAACCAACACACGGUUGUUUAUAAUUAGGACUACUCCCGCAGGCAACAUUUCUUCUCUGUGGACUGCUUGAUGUCAUUUAAUUGAAAUUCUUUGUGAUUAGUACAUUUUUCUCGGCCUUGAAGUUUUGUCACUGUUGAUGAAUUAAUAUGUAUUUAAUUUUUAAUUUCCAUUAAUAGAUCAUUGGAAAACACACAGUUGUGAGAUAUGCAAGCAGCCUAACUAAUUUGUUUUUUAUACGAAUUUUAAGGGUUUCCAUCAUUGUAACUGUCACCGAUUAAUUAACAUGACCAUAUUAUUUAUUACUUUUGAAAUAAAUAUUACCUCUGAGAUCUUAGACUUGCUGGCAAACAUUUGACCUUACUUGGUAAAUGUGGACUUCUUGUGCUUGCUCACCUUAAAGGUGCAUAUAGUUUGUUUUAGCCAAUGUUUGGUUUCAGGAAUACUGAGGCCACCAUUUUAAUGUUUAGUUUUUGGGCAUAUGCUAAUUCAAAAUGUUUCCUAUUUUUGUUGUUUAACUUGAGUAUAAGUAACAAUAAAAUUCAUGUAAUUAAA